GCUGCUGUGGUGCGAGGUGUCGGUGUGUUUACAGUUAGCGUUUAGCUUCAAAAAAUGUCUCAUCCUCCUCCUAAACCUUGGGAAAGACGAAUUCCUGGAAGCGUAACUGCUCCGUUAAGCUAUCGCUCCACAGACUUAGGAAAUGGACCUAUGUCAUCAGGCCCUCCAACCAUGACACGUGUGGCCCCUCCGAUCCCCCCUCGCCCUGUCCAGCAGAGCUACCGUCCAGCCUACAGCUCGUUCCCGUCCUCCUACAGCCCCUUCAGCAGCUCACCAUACGGAGGCUACAGCCCGUACAGCUACGGCGGCUACGGCUACAACCACAACCAGAACCGCUUCCUCCAGGACGACGUCCCGCCGAGCCGCUUCGUGCAGCAGGCGGAGGAGAGCAGCCGAGGCGCCUUCCAGUCCGUCGAGAGCAUAGUCCACGCCUUUUCCUCUGUCAGCAUGAUGAUGGACGCCACCUUCUCGGCCGUCUACAACAGCUUCCGCGCCGUCCUCGACGUGGCCAACCAUUUCUCCCGCCUGCGCGUCCACUUCACCAAAGUGCUGUCCGCCUUCGCCCUGGUGCGAACCCUGCGCUAUCUGUACCGACGGCUGCAGAGGAUCCUGGGACUGAGGCCGAACGCAGAUGUCGAGGACCUCUGGGCGGACAGCACGGCAGGCACUGUGGUGCCAGCGGCCGGAGGAGCUGGGGGGAUCGAUGAUCCUAGAGGCGGUUCGGCCAAGUCUUGGCCCAUUUUUCUGUUUUUUGCAGUGGUUUUCGGGGGGCCGUAUCUGAUCUGGAAACUUCUGAGAUCCGAAGAGGCCACAGAGGAAACUGGUACUAACUGGGCAAACGGUGACAUUGACCACGUGGUAGGCAGAGCUGAAUACGACUUCACCUCCGCUUCUCAUGAGGAGCUCUCCAUCCAGGCCGGAGAUAUGCUGAACCUGGCUCCCAAGGAGCAACAGCCGAGGGUGCGCGGCUGGCUGCUGGCCAGCGUGGACGGCCAGACCACGGGCCUCGUCCCGGCCAACUACGUGAAGAUCCUGGGCAGGAGGAAGGGCACGAGGCAGGCGGAGCUGGAGAGACUGGCAGAGCUCCAGCAGGGGCAGCGGGUCGUGCAAUCGGGCCCGGGUCAGGUCACGAUCCCAGGACCGAGCGCGGCCGGUCAACCAGAGCAGGCGGAGCUGUUGGAGUCUGUGUACACAGAGAAUCCAUCACAUACAAACCCUGCCAGUAUAACAAACAGCAUUGAUACAAACUCUGCACUGGGGACUGUGGAUAAACUGGAUUUGUGAGUGUGUGUGUGUGUGUGUGUGUGGAGGGGGAGUUCCUCCACCUCUUUAUAGGUGAUUUGUGAAUGGGAUUAUUUGUGUUUAGGGCUGACAACGUAUCGCAAUAUUCAACAGCUUUCAAUAAUUGUCACGACUGUAUCAUUUAUCACAGUACAAUCGUGUUUGCUUUUAACUCUCAUUCUAUAAAUCUAGUGGUUUUUUAUUAUUAUUUUCAGCUCAGAGGACAGACACAGACUCGCCUCCAAGCCUACACAGAAUUCUAAAAUGCUUUUGCAUGUUGUCUAGGUCUUGGGUGGGUCGCAAGCCAAAGGGAAGUAACUUCCCGCAGAGGGAAGUAACAAUAAUUUUUAUUCAUAAAGCCAGAUGUCUGAGUGGAUUUUCUUUCGGGUUCUCGGUUUUGGGUGCUCCAAGUGCAACUGGACCUACUAAAAAUUGCCCUAAGUGUGAGUGAGUGUUUGAUCGACCUGACCAGGGUGUUUCCGGUCUUUAGUGGUGGUCUGGAUUCUGUAUCUGCUUCCAGUACACUCAUGCACUGACUGAUCAAAACUUUUCACCACAUGAGGGUCAUUUCCGGGCAUCCACAUGUAUCGGAUGUUUGUGUGAUGAUGUUAAGUGUAGAAAGGGCUUUCCAGUAGUAAUUCUGCUUAACAUCAAACGAGCAAAUCAAACGGUAGUAGUGUAUCAUUAAUGUACAGUCAUAUAAUUUAUCACUCAUUCUUUAUUUCAGAUUCAUUAUAAGGAUAAAGUCAACAGGAAAUAUACUGUAUAAUUAGAAUAGUUAUUUAAAUGUACUGUUUCAUUAAUUUACUGUAAGUACAAUAAUGUUCUGCACAAACAGGCUCCUGGAAACUGCUUUCAAUAAACCGGCAACUGUUUUUUUUUUUUUUCUUUUUCGUUCUGUUGUCUGAUCAUUAACAAGCAUGUAAUUGUGUAAAUAGAAUUAUUUUGACAGUAAAAUAUUUUCAGACUGAUAUCUGAUCUGUUGUCUUGUUUCCACCGUGUCCACACAGGAGAUUCUGAUACAGUAUUAGGACACAACAACCUCAUACCACGUUGUUGUGUUUGCCGGGUAAAUAAAUGUGUACAUUUUAAAUA